CGACGGCGUCUGCGUGCGUUUACAAUUUAUUAUUUUUUUACAAUUUGUUUUUGUUGUGCAUUGAAGCCUUGUUUUGAUUAAAACGAGUCGAAAAGUGUUGAAUUAAGUGUCCGUAAAUGCGAUACACAAGCGUUGCAAUUGAUAAAUUUAAUUCGGUAUUGUUGUUAUUGCGGUUUCCAGAGUAAAGUAAACCCGUUUACCAACACGCACAGUGUUUGGAAUUGUUUGCAUUUGACUUUGCUCUUGCUUUUGCUUGCCGUUGCGCGCGGCUUUUAGAUGCAAAUUUCAUACACAUUAUGUACAAAGUUAAUGCGAGAAUUAAAAUAAAGAAUUAAAUUAUAUUCAAUGCAUUCCUUCUUGCCGCGCUGUACAACAACAACAACGACAACACCAACCACCACCACCACCACAAGAGCCAAACUACGACGCCAACGCUGGCAAACACAACAACCACUACAGUUAGUAAACUGUAGCAACAGUUGGGGCGGCAAACAGAAAUAAGCGAACAGCAUUAAAGAUGUCAUUGACGAAAAAGGAUCCGUCGCUGCGUGUUGCUGCCUCAGAUCCCCAUUUGGUUAGCCUGGGCGGCGGCCGCCUCAGCACCGCUGUCACCAUCCACUACAUACACAUAGGUGACACAACAAUUGGAUCGGCGCCCAGCUGCAGCAUCUCGCUUAACGGCAGCGGAGUCCGACCCCUGCACUGCACCAUAUACAGAAGCGAGGGCAACGAGGUGACUUUGGUGCCCGAGCCGGAGGCGCGGCUGCUUAUCGACGGCGCCCCCCUCGAAGAGGUGGAGGAGGCGAAACUGACACAGGGUGCCAUGAUCACCAUUGGCAAUUCGAACUAUCUUCGCUUCAAUAAUCCCGACGAGGCGCAAAUGAUGCGCUCAGCCAUGGGCUCCAAUGAGCGCAUCUCCAUGCCACAAAUCGAUUUCACGCAAUCCGGACGCGCCAGCGACAGUCAAUCGCUGGAGCUGGAAAGCUUCUACGAGAGCAUCAUAAAUCCUAUCAAGAACAGCGGCAACAGUCGGGAUGGUGGUCACAACAUGGAUCUGCAUGGUGUGCAGUGUCCCAAGGUGUUUAGCUCCGAUCUGGUCACGGUGAACAUGCCCGCACGCGAUGUGCUGGGCCAAAAAUAUGCGAGCUUUGCCCGCAACCUGGCCGAAAAUCAUCGCGGCGAAAAGCAGCUAAACAAUCAGUAUGCCAAAACAUUAACCAGCAACGGCGCCAACGGAAUUGGCCACAAUGCCGGCUACUGCAAUAUACCCAGCAAUGCGGCUGUCUACAAGCAGCAGCACCCGCAGCACCCACAGCAGCAGCAGCAGCAACAGUUGGCGCAGCAGCAGCAACAGUUGGGGCAGCCUGUGGAGCUGUUGGGCAAGGUGAACAAUGAUCGGUAUGAUCGUUAUCCCAAGCCGGGCACCUAUACCGCCGGCGGCCUGCAAAUAUUUACCAUGAAUUGCAUCAAUACGGAGCUCAACAGCGGCGCCGAGCUGGAGGACAUGCUCAAGAUUUGCACCGAGUAUGCGGAUCGGCAGCAACAGCAGCUCCAGCAGCAGCAGCAGCAGCAGCACAACAGCAGCAACAGCAACAAUAACAACAACAACAAUAGCAACCAUACGCUGCACAAUGCCAGCGCCGGCAGCAUCACCUCCUCGCCAAUUGUCCAGAAUCGCAUCAAGACAAACGGUUCGCUGCCGCGGGACAAGAAGUCACCGUUCCAGCAGCACGCGGGCAGCAGCAGCAAUCUGGCGCUGGUCAGCAGCUCAUCGGGCUAUGAGAAUGUGCGCCUGCUGGGCCCCAAUCGGGUCGAGAUCAAUGGCCAGCUGCAUGUGUCCACAGCAGCAUCGACAUCGUCGUCGUCGUCGUCAUCAGCUGCUGCUGCUGCCGCUGCUGCUGGCAGCGCCAGCCAUGAGAAUCUGCCCAGCAGCACGGCGAAGUAUGUGCCGCAGAGUCCGCGCACUAAAAUACGCACCAAUUGCAUGUCGCCCAAGAAGGAUGCCUCCUUUAGCAGCGCCUUUGCCCUGGCCAGCUCGACACCAACGCCGCCAACGGCUGUGGUUAAGCCACCGCUGGCGCCGAAGCCGCCGGCGCCCAAUCAGCAGCGGGACUAUGAGCAGCUAUUCAAGUCCUUUGGGCGCAAGCAGCAGCUCGAGCAGCUGGAGCAGAUGGAGCAACAGCAGCAGCCAACUGGCCGCCAGCUGACGCCCGCCAAGCGCUCCAAUAAGAACAUCAACAAUCUGACGCUCAAUCUGAAUGAAUCCGCCAGUCAAUCGCCCAAGCCCAGUCGCAAGCCAGCGCCGGCGCCGCGCAGCAUCAACGUGGAGCAGCGGCAGCGCCGCGAGCUGCAGCAGCGCCGCAAGCAGCUCAAGCAAGAGCUGGACGAGCUGCCAGCACCGACGCACAGUCACGAGCUGGAACCGAGCGAACAAUCGGCGACAACAACGUCUACAUCCGCAUCGCGGACGGCGGCUACGGCGACUCCGCGCCAGCAGCUGCUGGCACUCCAGAAUCGCAUCCAUCGCCUGGAGGCGCAGCGCAAUGCGACGCGCGUAAUGGAGGAGAACCAACAGGCCAAGCUGAAGCAGUCCAUUGAAAUGAAACAGGAUCAACUGAAUAAACUGCGCGCCAUGCUGAAGCAAAAGCCGAACAACGCCUGCCUGAAGGAGGAGCUGGAGCAUGUGUGCGAGUCGCUGGAUAGUGAUCGAAAGACCUUCGAGGAUCUGGAGUUUCAGUACUUUGAGGAGGAAUCGGAGCAUCAUGCAUGCCACGAGGAACUGAAGCGCCAGGAGCAGCGCCUAAUGCUGGAAACGGAGCUGGCAUCGCUGCGCAUCCAGCUGGGACCCGAUGAGCCCGCAGCCGAGGAGCCAACAUCGCCCACAAGCGGACGCGGAACGCCCGCUUCGAACGGCGGCAGCAACAAUCUGGGGAAUGGCGUCAUGUCGCAGUCACUGUUCGGCUCCGCUGAGCUGCUCUGCCCGAAGCGGCACAACCAGGAGGAUCUGAUGUCCAGGAGCGUUAACGAGAACAUGUUCCACAACAACAAGAUCGAGCUGCCGCAUGGAGCACAGGUGACAAGCACACCGAAGCGAGCACCAUUGCAGAUUUACGAUGCCGGCAGCUGCGAUCAGAUUAGCUUCAAUUUAUCGCUGCGCAGCGACAGAUUCGAAGUGAAUCCGCUGGAGCGACGUGUGCCCUCACAGGAUGACAUCGAUCGCAGCUGCAAAGUGGCCAACGAUGCGCCCAUCUCGACCAGCCAAGGAGCCAGCACCAAAAUCUUUGACAGCAUCAAGGAGAUCGAACGCAAUCGCAAGCUGCUGCUGGCCCAGCAAGGUCAUCAGGUCAUCGAGCACGAACGCCAAAAGAUGUACGAUCUGAAGAAGAAGAGCCACGACGAGGCACGCACCCAAUACUUGCUCUCCACCCAGCAGACAACAGAGCCAACGAUUGAAGCGCCGCCAACCAAGCACGCUCCAGUGAACGCCAACGGCGGCAAAGAUGCCAAACUAUUUGAGAAAACCGAAUUGCAGAAGCUCAACGAUGACACAGCACAACAAAAGACACAACACGAUAAGGAGAACAGUGCGUCAGGUGACGGCAGCGGCAGUCCAAAAACAACAACAACAACAGCAGCAGCAGCAGCCACAAGCCAACAGCAACGGCAUUCACAGCCGGAACUGGAGCAUCAUGGACUUGUUGCGGGGACGACGGCGCGCAGUCCACGUCCGCUCUCGGAGGCCAACAACUGCGAGGCCGCCAUUGAGGCGCCCAAGUUUUCCAAUGGCGAUGCCGGCUCUGAGAACAAGCGCGCCAGCAGCAAUAGCAACUCACAGGACACCGCCUCGGCGGGCAGCGGCAGCGGCAGCGCGGGCAGCAGCAGCGGCGGCGGCGGCGGCGCCGGCGGCGGCAACGGCAGCAGCAGCAGCAGCGCCAGCACCAGCGGCGAAAGGAAGCGCGCCCUGCCCAAGCAUCAGCGGCCGCUGACACGUUACCUGCCCAUCUUCUCGCCGGAUCUAAAUCUGCGGCAUCACAUCGAGACCGCCGGCCAUCAGAUCGAUCUCUGUCCGCAUGUAUUUGUCGAUGCGCACAGCUGUCGCGGUUACCUGCACAAAUUGGGCGCCACGUUUCAUGCCUGGUCGCGGCGCUGGUUUGUCCUGGAUCGUCAGCGCAGCGCUCUCAUCUACUACUCGGAUAAGUCGGAGCGGAAGCCACGUGGUGGCGCCUACUUUGCCACCAUAGACGAGGUGUAUUUGGAUCAUUUGAAUGCCUCCAAGAGCGGCCGGCCCCAUUGUACCUUCAUUGUGAAGACCAAGAAGCGUAGCUAUAAUCUGCAGGCUGCCUCGGAUGCAGCGGCACGCAUUUGGAUUGAUGCCAUCAUAACCGGCGCCCAGGGAAAUUUGGACUAUUAAAAAAACACCUUUGGCGCCCAACACACAUACAGACACACAUACGCUGAAAUGGUUUUAGCUCAACUUAAACUGUAAACUUUUGUAGAUAUGUAAGAGGGAGCUCAUAUAUAGUCGUUAGUUAGGUUACAUAAAUCCUGUAUGUAUCCAAAAAACAAGAAACAAGAGAAACAAACAAGGGUAUAAAAAUACCAAGAAACUAAGCAACCAAUUUUGGCAACUAACGAAAUCCGAGAUUUCAGUACUGGACCAAAGUGAAGAAUGUAUUUUUUAUGCUUUUAAUUUUGUCAUAAUUUAGAAAAAUAAGCAUUAUUUUUAUAUACAUACAAACAAGCAUAUAUCGUACAGAUAUAUACAUAUAUAUACAUAUACAUAUAUACACACACAUAUAUUUGACAGACAGCCCAACGCAGAUAACGCAACCAUUUCAUGAACUACAAUUUUUUUUAUAACUAUUAACCAAAUGAACCUAUGACUAUAUGUAAUUAUAUUGAAGUUUUGAUGUGAAAUUUAAUUUUAUAAUACAAUAUAUAUUUGUAUUUGUAUAUUUUGAUAAAAGUGCGGGUUGACAGUUGAACGAAGAACUGGUCGGACUCUUUCCCCCCACGCUCUGUAUUACCGUAAAAACAAACCUAAUUAAACAAUUUGUGCUCAGGCAACUGAAUAAAAUGAUAAUCAAAAACUAUUAACAUUAUUAAAUACAAAUGAAAAUAAAAUAACAAAUAUUAAGCAAACUGUAAGUCGCUACGGCAAAUAGCAAAUAAAGAAUUGUUUUUAAAUCGAUAA